CACGCUCGAUCUGAAUCUCGAGCCUGCUGCUGCUGAUCCAGAAAAGCAGGGGGCGGAAGAUCUGCCUUCACCAGCUGUCGUCCCGGAGGGUGACCGCAUCAUCCCCCAGGCGGAGUCUGCGCAUCCGCAACGCGUACGACGGCGUGCGCAUGGGUUCCAUCGAGCGUGCGUCCAAGCGGAAGGCGGCGGCUUCUGCGUCCGAAUCGAGUGGUGGUGCUCCCCGCCGUUCCAGCUCCUCCUCCUCGCGCCGCAAGAAGGCGAAAGCGGUGGCCGGUCUGCUGGAGCUGCCCCUUGUGGCAACUCCGGCACCGCUGACCAGGGGCAAGCUGAAGAUGAUUGCAGAUUAAUGUGGCCUCAACGCUGCUACCAUCCUCGACCAAGCUAGGGCCCGGGCUGCCUCCACGGAUGCGGCGGCCUCCUCUACUUCCAGCGACCCCUCUGCUUCCUCUGUGCAUGUCCUCGACAACCCAAAUGUAAAGUUCUCCGGCCAAUGCUACUGUAAGCCUUUGGGCUAGUCGGUUCAGAUUUGUUUCUGUCAUGAGUCUGCUGCUGUUAGUUCGCAUUGUUUUUCGUCAGUCUGCUAGUUGCUGUCAGUUAGCCUGUUGCCUUAGGCUGUUCUUUGUCUGUCAUUGUGUACUGGAGUCUCUCAUGCCCUGCAUCAGUUUGUGUCGUGUUAGUCGUCGGUUGUAUCAGCAUCGAUCAAUGUUAUGCCUCCUCUUCUGCAUCUACUCAAGCAUGCAUUUGUGUUUCUAUUUCUCUCUUACGGGUGGUGUGCUCUUCUUUACACUAUGAAGAUCCUAAACUGGAAUGUACGCGGCCUUGGCGAUGAUGACAAGUGCUCACUGGUUCGUGAUGUUAUAACCUCUUGCUGCCCCAGUGUUGUAUGCUUGCAGGAAACAAAGCUGCCCUCCCUCUUCCUCUUUAAGCUGCGGUCCUUUCUACCCGCAUCAUACAAGGAUCAUGUUGCCAUGCCUUCGGAUGGAACUGCUGGGGGAAUCCUGGUUGCCUGGGAUUCUAGUUAUGUUCUUGGUCAGCUUGUGGCCGCACACCGGUAUCAUGUCACCGUCAGAAUGUCAUCAACAACCUCUGCCAACUCCUUUCUGCUUACCGUUGUUUAUGCUCCAUGCUCGGGCAAUGAUCGGGCUGUGUUUUAUGAAGCAGUGUCUAGUGUUGCAACAGGGGCAGGUUUACCUUGGAUUGUGCUGGGCGACUUCAAUAUGUAUCGUUUUGCUCAUGAAAAAUCCCGUGGUCAAAUUAACUGGAACCUUAUGGAGUUGUUCAAUGGUUGGGCCAGGGAGCACGGGCUGGAUGAUAUACAGAUCGACAAUAGGAUGUUCACUUGGUCCAACAAAAUAUCCUCCCCCACUCUUGUCCGGCUGGACCGCAUUCUUGUGAAUGCCGCCUGGAAUUUAAGUUUUCUACAUACCUCUGCUUCUUGUGUGCCUGCUACAACUUCCGAUCACACACCCAUCUUAGUUCAACUCCAGGCAGAGAUGACCAGAAGCAGGCUGUUCAGGGUACAGAACCACUGGCUUCAGAUGGAGGAGUCUAGGAACAUUAUCCAGGACUGUUGGUCACGAGGCACCAGAUAUAUUUCUUCUUCUGCAUCGCUCAUCAAUUUUAAGAUGCGACGGGUCUGGGCUGCCUUACGCUAGUGGAGCAGAUGCCAGUCCAGCCUUAAGGUACUCAUUGCAAAUAAUAAACAUGUGGUCAGUUACUUGAACGCUGCUUUCUAUACUCGAAGUAGUCCUCCAUGAAUCAGCAUAUGCCAUGGCGGAACAACUGAUCUUGUGGCAGACUGCUUUGUGGCGUUGACGGGCCAAGUUGCGCUGGUGUGUAUCCGGUGAUGAAAAUAGUCUUUUCUUCCAUGCAGCAGCCAAUUGUCAGGCAAGAAGAAACAAAGUGAAGGUUCUUUUGCACGAUGGUGUGCACCACUAUCAGAAUGACCAGAAGCUCAGCUUGGCUACUACAUACUUCACUGAUAUCUUGGGUCAGCCUGCUCUCUCCAUGCCAACGGUUCAGCUCAAUGAGCUGUACAGCUCGGCCGACCUCUCCGAGCUGGCCGGUGCUUUCUCCUGGGCUGAGAUUGUCCACGCUAUCGAUAGUGCACCAAACAACAUAAGCCCGGGUCCAGAUGGGUUCACUAAUGAGUUUUACAAGGCCUUUAAGAAUUUGAUAAAGGAUGACCUGCUCAUGUUUUUCGAAGAUUUCCAGACCAACCGCGUCGCUCUGGACGGUGUCAAUACUGCUUCCAUCACGCUGCUGCCAAAAACAGACUGGAGAUGCGAGAUUUCCGGCCAAUUUCUCUGGUACAUAGCGCUCCUAAGUUGGUGUCCAAAGUCAUGAAAAACAUGUUGCAAAGGCGCAUACCAGAUUUGGUGCACUCCUUGCAGUCAGGGUUCCUGAGAGGUCGAUCUAUUGUGGAAAACUUUGCUUUAGCAGCUGAAAUGAUACAGGCAGCACAUAAGAGGAAGUUGCCUGUCAUUGCCCUCAAGCUGGAUUUUCGCAAGGCUUUCGAUUCUGUUAGCUGGGGCUGCCUUACACAGAUCUUGAGCAUCAGGGGCUUCCCUUCAAGGUGGAUACAGUGGAUUCAUGCACUCCUUUCAACGGGACGCUCUAGGGUGCUGAUGAAUGGGGAGGUGGGUGCUCCCAUCCAAGCAAAACGGGGUUUUCGGCAGGGAGACUCUGUAUUGCCUUACCUCUUUAUUCUGGUUGCUGAUGUGCUACAAAGACUAUGUUGCUUGCAUUUCCAAAGCGGCAACCUCUUGCACCCUCUUGGGUCUGACGAUCUUUUUCCGGUGCUACAAUACGCGGACGACACGAUGAUUAUCUUCUAGGGCAAUGUACAACAGGCUACUGUGAUCAAGCAUAUCCUAACGGCUUUCUCAGACUUCUCUGGGUUGUCAAUUAACUUCCACAAAAGCAGCUAGUGUCGUUCUGUGUUGAUGCGGAGGUGGCAGCAGAGAUUGCUCAAACGCUUGGCUGCCCGAUCUCCUCCUUCCCAUGUACUUACUUGGGGAUGCCCCUUUCUCUGCAUAAGAUCAAGCAUGGUAUGCUGCUUCCGGUUAUUCACAGAGUUGAUCGCCGUCUCUCUGGUUGGCUGGCCACCUUUCUUUCCUGGGGAGGGCAUCUCACGCUCAUUAACUCAGUGCUGGCAAGUAUACCGAGUUAUUUCAUGACUUGCUUUCCGUGGCCCAAGGAACCACUUAGCAAGCUGGAGGGCCUCCUUCGAGCUUUCUUCUGGCAAGGCAAGAACAAGAUCAAAGGUGGUCAGUGCCUCGUGGCUUGGGACAAGGUGGUUCUCCCCGUGCUAAUGGAGGUCUGGGCAUUAGAGAUUUACACGCUCAUAAUGAGGUUAUGCCUUGCAAGUUUGUGGCAAAAAUUCUUCAAUCCUCAGACAUUCCUUGCUACCGCUGGUUUGCAUCUCAGUACUGCAAGGCUAUCCUACCUUUGGGCAGCAACCACAAGGAUACGGCCAUAUGGAAGGGUUUUAAAGGCUGCAUUUCUCUGGUCAUGUCUUCCACUCGUUGCUCUGUUGGCCUUGGUUCCCAUGUCUCCUUUUGGCAUGAACAGUGAUUGGAAGUUGGCAGGCUGAGACACCUCUUCCCGGUCUUAUACUCCUUCGCUCGCAACCAGUAUUGUUCGGUUCAGUCUCAGUUUUCGGUGGAAGGUUGGAAUGUGCGUCUUCACCCCAAUCUUCCCCAGCUAGCAACCCAAGAGCUGCUCGCCUUGGAUCAACUGCUUGUGAAUGUUACCGCUACCACUUCGCUCCUAGACACCCGCGCCCCUUCGCUGGCUGGCAGCAGGCUCAGCACAAGCUAUUUCUACAAGCUACUCAGUUUCCGCGGCGUGCGUUGGGCUCCUGUUCCGUGGGUUUGGGACCCCAUUAUACCACUGAAGCAUAGGGUGUUCUUGUGGCUUGUCUUCUGGGGGCGCUUGAAUACAAAAGACAAUAUGGCUCGGAAGGGCUGGUCAGUAGCUGACUCAAACGCUAGGCGGUGGAUCAGCUUGCUUUCAAGCAUAAAUGGAAUGUUACUUUUGCGGCUUGUGUUGUCACCGUCUGGCAAGCUAGGAACGAUCGACUUUCAACAACAAGUGCUGGACGGAGUCUUACAUUAGGUUCCAUGCAGCUGAUUUGAUACGUCUUUGGUCCAACAGAACUACAAAGCAGAGAGACAAGGAUGACUUGCAUUAUUGGUCUAAUAUGAUCAACGGCUAGACCAGACCUACAUAUGUCCUCCCCUCCCCUCCUUCCUUUUCCUUUCUUUCGUUCUCUGUUUCUCUCUCUUUUGUUCUAGGCUGCUUGUGUCCUUGCACCCUGGUGCAUUUCACAAGCUAUGUAACCGAACCUUUCCAGGCUCUGUGCCUAUUUGGAAAUAUAAGCUAGGCCUUGAGUCACCACCUCAUUUUCAAAAAAAAGGUCUUGUGC